UUGUGUUGUAUUCUCGUUUCUCGUGAAAAAGAUCGAUUCUUCUUCAAGUAAACAGAGCGACUGGUCCGAACCCUUAGUCUGAAGCGAAGGCCAUACCAAUCAGAAUCGCCUGGUCCAUGUGGAUACCGUGGACGGACUUCCGGUGGAUGGAGGCAAUCGGCUGUGGGCGGUGGCUUUGAAAUGGAGCGCUCUUGAAGAUUCUCGGUCUCUUGGUCAGUUAAUCCGGCAGCCGGAUGUGGUCCAUUCAAAAGAUCCACGGGAUCUAAGACUCAGAGCUCUCCUCCUCUCUUUGCUUGAGUCCCUGGAGGUCUUGAUGUGGGUGUGGCUGACGUGGCUGACCCGCCCGGCUCGGGGUUGUCGUCCUGUGGUCCAUGCAUUAUGAAUCCUGCACCUGCGACGGUGGGAACCGCUCCCCUGGCUUACCGCAUGGUACCCACCAUGGUCACGGCCACAGCCACACCCACCAUGGUCUCAGCUACGCCGGCCAUGGUCACCGACAGUGGUGGGGGCGAGCCCACGGUGCAGACGGUCUUGGCGAGUGGCUUGAAUGGGCAGUUUUAUGUCAUUGGCACGCCUUCCGAUGUCUUGGGCACGGUGGGCGGGGUUCGUACCUUGGCCCCACGUAGCUCACUCGUGGACCCCUUGUCGGUGGAUAUGAUCACACCCUCGCAUCAUUCAGCCGCUGUUCUGGGAUUAUCCAGCCAGUCCGUGGUGAAAGAUCAAAAGAGGCGGGCCACACACAACGAGGUCGAAAGACGUAGGCGGGACACGAUCAACACCUGGAUCGAUAAACUCGGGAAAAUGCUGCCCGACUCGGAUGCGGGCAAAGGGUCGGCCUCGCCGGGUCAACAAGCGGGUAAGUCCACGGCUCAAAGCAAGGGCGGGACCUUGGCCAAGGUGUGUGAUCAUAUCAACGAACUGACCCGCUCGAAUCGCCGAUUGCAAGAGGAGCUCGAACAAUCCGGGAGCCAAGAGAACGUCAGUCUGAGGCAGAGAGUGGAAUUACUCGAGGCCGACAAUGAGAAACUUCGUAAGGCGCUUCGUUCGCACGGAAUUGACCCACCCACCACCACGGAGUCAUCCAGUCCGACUCGCUUUUGGUCGGAUGAGACCACACAAGACUCUUCAUAAUCUGUCCCACAUGAUGAAAUGUACAAACCAGUGCUGAAACUCGCUACCCGGGUUUCUGCUGAAGUCAGCCGUAUGAUUAUACUCCCUUUCAGUUAAUAUAAGUAUCACGUGCGGAA